AUGGAUGUGCUUUUCCUGGAACAAGAAGUGUAUUUUUCUAGAGAAGUUCAAGCACAGGCGGGUCCAGAUAAUGUUGAUGAUCCAUCAGACCUUAAAGAAUUUGUUACCUUGGAGUCAUUAUGUAAUCUGACCAGACAUGAUGAAUUAACCGAUCGGUUGGACUCCAAAAACUGCGCAGGACAGCCUUGA